CUUGGCUGGGCUCCCGCCGCUCCGUGCAGAACUGCCAGCGGCCACUCCUCCUGCAGCUCCCCGUGCUCGGCGACCAUGAAGAGCGGCGUGUGCCUGUGCGUGCUGCUGGCGGCGCUGGCGGCGGGCACCCUGGCGCAGCCCGUGCUGCCCGCCGAGCCCGAGGGCCCCGGGGCGCAGCGGGGCGAGGAGGCGCCGCGGAGACAGCUGAGGGCGGUGCCGAGGGGGGAUGGCGAGCCCCCCGCCGCGCACCUGGGCGCGCUGCUGGCCAGAUACAUCCAGCAGGCCCGGAAAGCUCCCUCUGGCCGCAUGUCCAUGAUGAAGAACCUGCAGAGCCGGGACCCCACCCACCGGAUCAGCGACCGGGACUACAUGGGCUGGAUGGACUUCGGCAGGCGCAGCGCCGAGGAGUACGAGUACCCCUCCUAGGGCCCCGGCCCUCGCCAGGGCCACGGGGAGCCCCCUCCUGGCCCCCAGGAGGCAAGAUAACGAAACCAUCACACUCACCGCUCAUCGUCUCUGAAGUCUGGCGUUCUAAAUGUCUAUUUAUUAAGUUCUCAACGUGAAAACCCUGUGAGAUUGUCGGGCUCAGCCGUGCACCUCAGCAGAAUUGUACAAACGGGAAGGCGGAUGUCUCCCUCCCCCGUGACCCUGGUCCCCCAGUGUGGCGAUGCUAUUAAAGUGAUUUCAUUCAGUG